AUGAACUUCAACUUCAAGGAGUUCCACCACGAAGAGGCUAAGGCGGGCUCCUGGGCGGCUGGCUUCUGGUACGACGUGCCUGGCAAGCUGGCUCUGCCCAAGGCCAUCUGCGAGGCAGAGCGUCCGGAUGGGUGCGAGGUCGGCUGGCGGAGCCGCGGCUCCUCGUGCUACCGGAUGCUCGCUUGGCACUGGGACUUCGAGUCUGCGAGGCUUCAGUGUGAGGAGCUCCAGUCCCACCUUGUGACCAUCGCUGAUGAGGGCGAGCAGCUCUUUGUCCAGGGACUCUGCGGGGCGCAGAUGUGCUGGCUGGGUCUGCUCGAGCACCAGCAGACCGAAUCCUGGUUCUGGCUGGACGGCACCUCGCUGGACUUUCAGAACUGGCAGGAUGAGGAGCCCAACAACGUGGGGGGCGACGAGAAUCGUGGGGUGAUGAACAUGAACCUUCUCUUUGAGGAGAAGGCCGUUCAGGUGCAGGGGCGAGAGCUGCAGCUAGCGGUGGCGCUGGCCUGCGUCUUUGGCUUGAUCCUGGUCAUAGCGUGCGGCAGCCAGCUGCUGCGGGGGCCUCCGAAAGCUGACGAGCUGCUGCCGCUCGACGAGAGGGAGCUGAGGGAGGCUCGCAGCCCGCCCCUGCGCAUGCCGGUGGCGGCUGAGUGA